AAAAUUUCUACCGCUUCUCUCGUUAUUUGCUCGGUUAAUACAUUUUUUAUAAUUGUAUCAAUUAAAUUGUAAAAAUAUUGAUAAUGUUAAUCUUUUGUUUUUUAUAACUACUGUGUUUUAGCUCUGGAGUUAUUAAUUCAUUUAUGAUUAAGCAACAUUAUCUCUUUUCCUUGUUGAAACUGUAACAUAAUAUUAAAGUGGGUUAACACGUUGAUUGUCAUGUGACCGUCGGCAGUCAUUUGUAAUUCUCAAAUUUUAUAAUUUUGUGACUGCGGCGCUCAUAGUUUAUCAUUACUACCAUGCCACAUGAGCGCCGCCUUCAAUAAUAUAUUUAAAAGAUUGCAAUGGCAUAGUGGAAAUCAUUACAAUUUGUUUGAUGAAUUCAAAUACAACAGUGUAUACAAAUUUGGAAUACAUAUGAAAACUUUGCUUGGCAUGUUGAUAAUACAUAUAGUUUGAACGCCGGUAGUAACAUGGCAGUCAAUGUGUUCAAAAUUGCACACAAAAAUGAAUGUUAACACGCUCACAGACCUUUGUGAGAUCAUGCAUGGCCUGGGCGAAAGAAUGCCACGUAGAGAUACAGUUGAGAUAAUCCACUCGGUAAUAAUAAAACAAAUGAUUUUGUUGAUUUACCAAAUUCAAAAAGCUGCAAAUCUACUUAAUCACCAGAAUAUAUCAAUCAAACAUGUACUAUAUGUUUUGAAAAAUCAUAAGGUCACCCUUAUUCGAAUUCUAUCAUACUAUUGGUUAAAAGAUAAUAUCCUACAACUCAAUAAAUUAAGUGAUACUGAUGAAAAAAAGGGAAAAAAUAAGAAAUCUAAACUAGAGUUGAUUGAUAAAGAUAUUAUUGAAAAUAUUACAAAUUUAGAAGAUGUAUCUAUACAAAUAGACGAUCCUGCUACUGCCUUGGCUAAAAUUGAUUUCACAACAAAAGACUUAUCACCUGACAACACCAAAGUCAAAAGUGUUUUUAAGAAACUUAGAAAUGCAAUUGUGGAUUUGAAAUUACAAAUAAAUAUAACUGAAGAAGAAGUAAGAAAAUCUAACGAAAUACGUCUGAUUAGAGCUAAUGAUGUAUCAAUUAUACUAACAGCUAAUGCAUAUGAAGGUUUUGAGGUAUGCAGAAGAAAAAAUUUUCAUAAAAACAAAAUAGGUGAACGGCUAUUGUUACAAGUACACAAAGCUCUCCCAUGGGAUAUUACAUACAAUAAUCAAGUUAAAGAAGUUCUUCUCUUCUUAGCUAAAGAAACGAUAAGUUGUGUUAUUGAUCGUGUGUUUGAAAAUAGAAAAUGUACAGACAGCUGCGAUGAAAAUAAUUCAACAAUAAUUAAGAAAAAAAAAUACGGAUCUAUACUUGUUGAUGAAAUAACAUCUGUUAUAAAAUCUACAUGGAAAACUCCUUUUGAAGAAAUCCGUUACCCAUAUGAUGAAGAAGAUGCGUUUUUUAACAAUCAAUUGAUUUUUGAAUUAUAAACAUCAUAUAUAUUAUAAGUAAAUAUAAUUAAAUAAUAGUAUGUUUCGGAAUAUAGCUUGUUCAGUUUGUAAAAGAUGAUAGGUAUUUUAAAAAGAAAUUUCUAUUUUUUUAUUAAAAUUGUUUUGAAUUUUUAUCUACAAUAUUUGUUAUAUUGACAAUAAUAAUAAUUUGUACACGACUAAUCGUGAGAUAUAAUAUUAAAAACUAAUAGGUGUUUUUGUGAUAUAAAUUUACCAUGCUUUAAAAUCAGUUUUUGGUUAUUACAAUUUGCAUGAUAAAUAUUAAUUGUAUUAAUAUUUUUGACAUCUAAUUUUGUAUUUAUACAUUAUUAAUUAAUCAUAUAAUUGUAUAGAUUACAAAUUAACUAAUUAACUUAAAUUAAAGUUAUUAAGUAUACAAAAAUUCAUAUUUCAUGUUAUAGAUGAAAACUGCUUAUUGGCUCUAUUAACAAAAAAAGAUAAAUAUUUUUAGUCCUGAAGUUUGGUACUGCAUUUAAACCAUUCAUAUUAUUUAGCAGAUAGGUAUAUAUUUGUAUUUUAAAUAAAAAAAAUAGUAG